AACAGAGUUAUAUACAAAGUGUGUCUCCACUUGCAAAUAAUGAUAUAUCAAAUAAUCACAUUUACAAAUGACUAGAUGGGAAAAUGUUUAUCAGAGCUUCCUAUUGGCUGGCUGGUUCUACGUGCUGUGUACGCCCCUGUUGCGUUCGUCAGUUCAUUUGUAAAAAGGCCAGUGGUAAGUUGUGUGUUUGGUAGCUCUGAAAUUCUGUCUGUUACUGUCUACAAAAUGUGUGAGACAUCAUGAGCAACAGCAUGUAUUCGAUAUCAAGACAAGUGCUAGACAUUGGGGAAGAGUGUAAAAGAUGUUUGUUUUAUUUUAGCGUGCCAGCACGAGGAGUGUCGAAUAUGCUGGAACUGAUCAACUCACUCUGUGUUAUCCUGUUUUCUCAGUUCAUUUGUAAAAAGGCCAGUGCGUGCCAGCACGAGGAGUGUCGAAUAUGCUGGAACUGAUCAACUCACUCUGUGUUAUCCUGUUUUCUCAGUGAAUAAAAGAAACAAAGGCUGGGAGAAGAGUUUGGUUUUCACGAGCUUUAUUGAUACACAACACAACGCAGAAAAGAUUAAAAGAAAAGACCAGUUACAUUGGUGCCGUGAUCGGUCUUUCUAAGCACCUGUGUCGGACGCGCAACGUCAGGCGGAACCCGGCAUUGGCGUGCAGCUGAAACGUGAAAAUCUGUGCACGCGGACGUCGGGGGAUCGUCGCGAGGCGGAAGUCGGAGGAUCGGCGCGAGGCGGACGUCGGGGGAUCGUCGCGAGGCGGAAGUCGGAGGAUCGGCGCGAGGCGGACGUCGGGGGAUCGUCGCGAGGCGGAAGUCGGAGGAUCGGCGCGAGGCGGACGUCGGAGGAUCGUCGCGAGGCGGACGUCGGGGGAUCGGCGUGUGGCGAUACUUUGGAGCUUCUGUGCACAGAGGACUUGAGGCGAUCGAAACAAAGUUCAGAGUUUGACACGGGUGGAGCUUGGAAGUGAAGACGAGGUGGUUGCUUGCACUACUACAUGAAUACAGGCACUGAAUUGAGUAUAUAUAUAUUUUUUUAGGUUUAUACAAAAUUGAAUUGCUAUACUUAUUCUCUGAAAUAUUUCUGGGUUCAGUUACUAGUAGUGUGAUUUUUGGAAAGACAUGGAAAAGUAUAACACACCAGGCCUGGGCAGAGGGAGAGGGGUGUACCAGACUGAUGUAACAUUUUCUGUGGAUAGAGGGCUUACUGGCUAUCCACUUACUUCCACACCAUGUGUAGCUUUUCAAAAUUGUGGAGAAACUCUCAAAACUGAUCAGUCCGGGGGUAAUAUGGCAGAUAGGACUGCAUUAGGGACUUCUACUGAAGGGGGCAGUAUUCCUGUAGAUAUGUUGGUCACUGUUGUGAAACAAAUAGGUCAAUCCAUCAGUGAAAAUAUUGUAUCUUGUUUGGAAUCAAGAGUGUUGGGAGGUGGGGAAGGAUUCAGAGCUGAACAACCUGGCAGUAGCAUACUCUCUGGAACACAAAACCUGAAGCUGGUAUUACAGUCUGAUGUUAAAGAGCCAGCAUACUAUCGAGGGGAUGGUUCUGAUAAAUGCACAGUGUAUGAAUGGGUGGAAUUGAUGUCAGUAUACUUGCGUAAGCGUGAGUAUAGCCAAGAAUGUCAGGCUGAAGAGGUUUUGGGCCGAUUAAUGGGGAGGGCACGGGACGUUGUUAAAAUAGCUUUACGCAACUACGCAAAAACUGACCUGACUAAUGGCCCUGGACCUAUUUUUGACAUCCUGAAGCAACAUUUUGGUGAAACUGUGCACUCUGCUAUGCCCUUAGCUGAUUUUUAUGCUACACUGCCCUUAAAAGGAGAAAGUCCAUUUGAUUAUUGGAUAAGGUUAAACAGGGCAAUUGAUGUAGCAGAGGACUGCUUGAAAAGACAAGGGAAGAAACUUGAUAAUCCAUCUCAGGAGGUGACCGUUAUGUUUGUUAGACAUUGCCCAGAUCCCCAAUUGCAGCUGAUUUUCAGAUGUAAACCCCAGCAACAUUGGACAGCUGCUGAAGUGCAAGAAAGGUUGGAUGAAUUUCAAAGGGAAAACAAGUAUACACGAAAUCAGUUAUCAUGUUUAGCUCAGAAACAAGAAACUGUAUUGCAUGUUUUACCUACUGCUCAUGAUGAAGUUAGCAAUAAUGAGGUAUCAGUAGUCAAGUGUAAUGCUCCUCAAGUACAGCAGUCUUUUGCUUGCAGUUCUGUCGAAUCCUUAGAGCGGCUGAUCACACGACUGGAACAUGUGUUGGAAAGAGUUCCAAGUGAGAUGACAAAACCUGCUGAAAAGCCUGUUCGACCGAGGCCCAAAACUAAAGGUGAUAGGUGGGGCCCGUGUAAGGUAUGUGGAGACUCUAACCAUACCACCUCUUACCACUGUCGAGCAAAUGGGCUUUGCUUUGUGUGUUUUGCACCAAAUCACACACGUUUUGAAUGCCCAAACAUUGUUGCAGAUGGGCUUGUCAGGGUCUCGUCAACGGCAUGUCCCUCUGGCCAGCAGGGAAACUAAAUGGCCCGCAUGAGGUGGGGGGAGAUGCAGGGCCCAAUGAAAACCCCCAAGUAUUUGAUGUUGAUUUGGAAUCACUAUAUUCUACUGUGCGUGAGGAAUUUGACCAAAACAUGAUUGUGAUAGUUCAAAACACACGAAAACUGUCAAUGCAUGAGGGAUUGUUUUAUACUGACGUUUGUUUGGAAAACACACUAACUGUUAAAGGUAUGAUAGAUUGUGGUUCUAUGGCUUGCACUGUGAGCCCUGGGGUUGUGUCUAAGUUAAAGGAUGCAGGAGUAGCCUUGACUGAUUCGGUGACUCCAACUCAUGUAGUGCUGGUCGGCUGUGGAGGGUCGAAAACAAAACCUAGUGGGAUGUGUGACAUAAACAUGACUGUUUACGGGUGUACUGUUCAGGUUCCAACAUUGAUUGUUGACGGCCAAGAUGAUGACAUCAUUGUGGGUAGCAAUGUGAUAAAGUACCUGAUCAAAGAGUUGAAAAGUCGAGGAGAAUUGAUUAAAAGAAGGAUGUCUGUCAAUAAGGAUUCUGAGGAUAGUAAACUUAUUCAGUUGCUGGCUAAUGUGGAGAGGUGGAACGGAGCAGUCGUUCCUGGAAAGGUUGGGACAGUUAAACUGAAGAAUUCCGUAACACUUGAACCCUUAAAGGAGCAUUUAGUUUGGGCAAAGCUUUCUAAUCUAAACAAUUUGUCAGCAGGCAGUGCCAUCAUUGCAGAGCCGUGUGGAGCACGCUCCAGACCCAGAAAUAUCUUGAUUGGUCGUACAGUGGCGAGGUUGUGGGCUGAUGGAUGGGUGCCUGUUAAGGUAAUUAACCCUUCAUCGGUGCCCAUUACUCUCAGACGUAACGCAAAAUUGGCUGACAUUUAUCCAUGUUUGGCACUGGAAGACUUUGAUGAUGCAUGUGAAGGCGUCACAAAUGGAGGGUUAUUAUGCCCAAUCAGACAACAUACCAACAAUGUAGAGGUUCAUGACAAUUCAAGUGGUUGCAGUUUGUCUGACAUUGGUGUACCCAGGAGAGACUGUGAGUUCCAUGAUAGGUUAACGAUGCUGGGACUCGCAGGCAUUGAUUUGAGUUCCUGUCAUUUGUCUUCUGAUUGGAAAAAAAAACUUGUUGAUCUAAUUGAGAAGUAUGAAUGUAUUUUCUCUAAACACAGACUUGACUGCGGCAAAGUUGAGGGCUAUGUACAUCGGAUAAGGCUGAGUGAUGACCGUCCAUUUAGGCUUCCAUACAGACGACUUCCGCCUAAUCAGUACGAUAAGCUUAGGCAAGCCUUGGAUGAAAUGGAAGAGAGAGACAUUAUCAAGAGAUCUAGUAGCGAAUAUGCUUCACCUCUUGUUAUUGUUUGGAAGAGAAAUGGAGAUUUAAGACUUUGUACUGAUUUUAGGUGGCUCAAUGCUCGAACUAUAAAGGAUGCUCAUCCAUUACCACAUCAAGCCGAUGCUUUAGCUGCACUGGGUGGAAACAUUUUUUUUUCCACUAUGGACCUGACGUCCGGCUACUACAAUGUUGAAGUACAUGAGGAAGACCGAAAAUACACUGCUUUCACAUCGCCUUUUGGGUUAUAUGAGUAUAACCGUCUUCCUCAAGGACUUUGUAAUAGUCCAGCAACUUUUAUGAGAAUGAUGCUCGGAAUUUUUGGAGAUCAAAAUUUCUUGAGCCUUCUCUGUUACUUGGAUGACGUGCUUGUAUUUGCUCCGGAUGAGGAGUUGGGUUUAAAGAGAUUGGAGCUGGUUUUUGAGCGCCUGAAGUCUCAUAAUUUGAAGUUGGCUCCAGGGAAAUGUCAUUUUAUGCAAAGGUCAGUGAAGUUUCUUGGUCAUGUUGUCAGCGAGGCGGGUGUGGCUUCAGACCCUGAUAAAAUCAAGGUGAUUACUGAAAUGACAGAGUCGGAUCUUAUGGAUGACAAAACUGGUGCUCCAUCCCAACAAAAGAUACGUUCUUUCCUUGGGAUGGUAGUAUAUUAUCAGCAAUUUAUAGAACAGUGUUCAGUAAUUGCAAAACCACUGUUCCAGUUAACUGCUGGCGCUAAGGGUCAGAGAGGUAAAAAGGUUAAGAAGACUGUGUUGAAAAGAACACUUACUGCAGAGGAUUGGACUGAUGAUUGUAGGCAGGCAUUUUGUCGUCUUAAGCAGGCUCUGAUUGACUGUGUUUUAUUGGCUCAUCCAGAUUUUAACAGGUCUUUCUUGGUUUCGGUGGACGCUUCCAGUAGUGGCCUAGGUGCUGUACUUUCACAAGUACCAGAAAAUGGGGAUAUGGCAAGGCCAGUUUGUUUUGCCAGUAAGUCACUUUCAUUUGCUCAGUCAAAAUAUCCAGCGCAUCGGCUGGAAUUUUUUGCAUUGAAGUGGGCUGUAUGUGACAAAUUUAGUCACUGGCUGAGAGGUCGCCCCUUCACAGUAUGGACCGAUAACAACCCUCUGACAUAUAUUUUGACAAAACCAAAACUGGAUGCUUGCGAGCACAGGUGGGUUGCCAAGUUGGCGCCAUUCCAGUUUGAUAUUAAGUACAUACCUGGUUCAAGGAAUAUUGUGGCAGAUGCUCUUAGUAGAGAGCCAUUUGUAAAACAGAGCACUUUGCAUCGCCUUACUAGAGUACCGUACAAUUUGCUGUUGCAAGAUGCGUCAGCAGUCCAAGGGGAACAAGUGCAAGAGGUUUUCAGAUGGUCUGCACACCCUUUUGAGCCGAACACUGAGCCGGGUAUUGAGGCAAAAUGUGACAUGUUGGCAGUGCAUUCCCAAGCACCGGUAAGUAGGCCAUCUGGUUCUUGGUCUGUGAUGGAAGUGUCUGCGGUCAUGGAGGCAAAAAGGUCUAAUUUGGUAACCUCACAUUGUGACCUUUUGUUGCCUCAGUUGAUUCAUCUUGUUUUACCGACUGAUCAACCAAUAUUGAAGGGCCUGUCACGUGAAGAGUUGGCAGAUAGGCAGCGGACCGACAACAUAUUGGCUAGGGUGAUUUGUUAUGUAGAAAGGGGUAAGAAACCAUCUAGUCGUGAGCGUAAACAGGAGCCAGUGGAAGUUGUCAGGCUGCUUAGAUCCUGGAACAAGUUUGAGAUGAGAGCCGGGAUACUUUACAGGGUUUCUCGGGAUGUGGUGUCAAAGAAAAAGUCAUUCCAAUAUGUUGUCCCAAAAUCAUUGGUGGUGACUGUGUUGAAGGGGGUUCAUGAUGACGCUGGCCAUCAGGGCCAACAGAGGACAUUGUAUUUGGUGAGACAACGUUUUUUCUGGCACAAACUUGAAGCGGAUGUGAGAGAUUAUGUCAAAUGCUGCAAGAGGUGUGUUUACGGUAAAUCACCUGAGCCAGAGGCUAGGGCUCCUCUUGAAAACAUUAUGACAUCUGAACCCUUGGAACUUGUGUGUGUCGAUUUUUGGUCAGCUGAGGACAGCAGGAAUAAGUCAGUGGAUGUACUUGUUGUCACUGAUCAUUUUACUAAAAUGGCACAUGCUUUUCAUUGCCCAAACCAGUCAGCCAAAGCUGUAGCUAAGCAAUUAUGGAGCAAUUUUUUUUGUAUAUAUGGCUUUCCCAAACGCAUUCACUCCGAUCAGGGAGCAAAUUUUGAAAGUGCAUUGAUUUCUGAGCUGUUGUCAGUUGCAGGGGUGGAAAAGUCACACACCACUCCAUAUCACCCAAUGGGUAAUGGGGGUGUGGAAAGAUUUAAUAGGACACUUGGAAACAUGAUUCGAGCACUCCCCCCUGCAGCGAAGCAAAGGUGGCCUCGACUGCUUAAAUCUCUGACAUUUGCAUACAAUUGUACGAUUCAUGAGACCACUGGAUAUGCACCUUUUCAACUGAUGUUUGGCAGGACCCCGAGACUCCCAGUCGAUGUGGUGUUUGGGUCAGUUUUGCGAGAUAAUGAUGUUGUUGACUACAAUGAGUACGUUAGGGAAUUGAUGGAAGAUCUCAAACAAGCAGUGACGAUUGCGAGAAGGACUGCUGGAAAACAACUGAAAAGACAUGCUGCUCUUUAUAACAGAAAGCUCAAGGGUGCUCCAGUAGAUGUUGGGGACAGGGUUUUGUUGGCAAAUAAGGGUGAACGUGGCAAGCGAAAACUGUCCGAUCGCUGGGAGAGCAGUCUGUACAUUGUAGUAGACAAAAAUGUUGAAACAAAUACUUUCAAAAUUGAGAAUUCUUCCUCAGGCCAAGUGAAGAUUGUUCAUCGUAAUUUGAUCAUGCCUGUGAAUUUUUUGCCUUUCCCUGAUGAUGUUGCAGAGAGACCUGUGGGAGGGGAAAGGUGUGUUGGCGGUGACCAAACUCACACGCUAGAGCACUUGGAGAGGACGGUUGAUGAGAGAACCGUUGCAUGGGUUUCGGAGCUUGAAUCUUCAAGAGAUUCCAAAAAGGGGUCAGAGGUUUCGGAAAUUGGCAAUGGUGCACAAGAAUGGCUUGUGUGUCAUAAUGAUUCCGGUGACCCCGUGGUAUUGGCUGAGUUGGAAGACUCUGUUGGAUUUGCAUGUUCAAUUGACAAUGAAUCUGAUCUGGACAUGAAUUCGAAUUUGUCUGCAUUUGAUCUAUCAUCAGAUGUUGACUCUCAAAGCAAUGUAACUACUGUGGUGUCAGCUCAAUUUGACAGCAAAACUGAUGUUGGAGGUUUGAUGACUUCAGUUAGAUCAAGAGCUGGAAGAAUUAUCAGACCGGUGGUGAGGCUUAUAGAAACAAUGCAAGUACAAAAAGUAGACAAUAAGGUUAAUGCCCCUGUUUGGAUCUAAUUUGUUUUAUUACUACUUUUAUUGUUAUGCUUUUGUUUUUAUUUUAUUUUAUUUUUUUUCUUAUUUAUUUUUUUUUUUUUUUUUUUUUUUGAUCCUGUUGUUCUCCCAUUUAGUUUUUUUUUAUAUUGUGAAUGUAUUUGGUCUGUAUACCAAGAUGUGAUUUUAAGGGACUGUUUCUAUGUUGAUUGAGUGUACUGAACAUGUAACAGGCAUGUUGACCUAUGAGUUUGGAGGGGCGUAGCUAACCCCUUCUCCUCUAAUUCUUUGUAAGAAUAGUCUAUGUACUGGAAUGCUCAUCAACAUUCUUAUCUUGGAUAUAUUCAAAUUGCAUCUUGUUUUGAUGUGUUUUUGUUUUGUCAAGGUGUAAAUUUAUAUAUUUUUGUUUUGUAUUCUGCAGUUAUUUGUACCUGAGUGUCAUUAGUAGUGAGUAUGUUAUGCCAUGGUAGGUUAGAAUUGUUGCAAGUGGAGUUCAGGAGGGGAGAAUGUAACAGAGUUAUAUACAAAGUGUGUCUCCACUUGCAAAUAAUGAUAUAUCAAAUAAUCACAUUUACAAAUGACUAGAUGGGAAAAUGUUUAUCAGAGCUUCCUAUUGGCUGGCUGGUUCUACGUGCUGUGUACGCCCCUGUUGCGUUCGUCAGUUCAUUUGUAAAAAGGCCAGUGGUAAGUUGUGUGUUUGGUAGCUCUGAAAUUCUGUCUGUUACUGUCUACAAAAUGUGUGAGACAUCAUGAGCAACAGCAUGUAUUCGAUAUCAAGACAAGUGCUAGACAUUGGGGAAGAGUGUAAAAGAUGUUUGUUUUAUUUUAGCGUGCCAGCACGAGGAGUGUCGAAUAUGCUGGAACUGAUCAACUCACUCUGUGUUAUCCUGUUUUCUCAGGUACAGGUUAUGUUGUGGUUUUGUGACAAUAUAAUCCUUCAACAAUGUUUAAUAUUUUUUUUUAAUUUUCACUCUCGGUCAGUUCAUUUGUAAAAAGGCCAGUGCGUGCCAGCACGAGGAGUGUCGAAUAUGCUGGAACUGAUCAACUCACUCUGUGUUAUCCUGUUUUCUCAGUGAAUAAAAGAAACAAAGGCUGGGAGAAGA